AAAAACCCCACAUAUCAUAUAAAUGUUAGUAAAUUUGAAGUCAACUUUGCUGACUGGUGUGCACCAGUUUCUGUCCUGCAACUGCAAAAGCUCACACAGUUCAAUGUAGGAUUUAAAGGACAAAAUACACAGGGAGGGACUUCUUGGGAAAUAGAAACUCAGAUCUGCACAUGCUAACAGUGUUGGUUUACCAACCCCCACACGUAACUUCAUGCUCCCUCCCAUCCCUCUCUGUAUGUUGAGCGCUCGAACCCACAAAGCAGCCUUAUCUUGUGCGUGAAGUUUUACUGUGAGCCAUAACCAAGUCCAUGGAGAGAUGAUGGGAUUGUGGAUACUUCUUCUGCAUUUACACCUUGUGGUGUGUGUCUCCAUCCCUGCACCUUGCAACGUCUCCAUCUCCUCCUUCAACAUGGAGCACAUACUCAGCUUCCUGCCCGGCCUCGAAACCCCCUCGGACACCCAUUUCACUGUUCAGAUCCUUCGCCUCAGGAGGAACACGUGGAGACCAGUGGCUGUUUGUUUGGAGCUAAAGGCCGGACAGACAUGUGACCUAACCCGAGCGUUCAAGGACCCGUUUGAUCACUACAUAGCCCGCAUCCAAGCCUUCACUUCCACCCAGACAUCCAACUGGACCGUGUCUGGGCAGUUCCAGCCUCUUUCAGACACUGUGUUGGGACCUCCUGAUGUGUCCGUGUCUGGAUGUGGAAACUGUUUGCUCCUGCAGAUCAGAGUUCCUACAACAAAGGGGCUCCAGCAGCUCAAAGACUUUUACAGAAGAGUUGUCGUCUAUGUGCGGAGGUCCAGGGAUGGCGUACAGUUCAGUCUGAAUCUGCCUUACAAAGAGGACAACAUGAUCACUUACCUGCAGCCAGGUGUGGAGUACUGUGUGACCGUCUCUGUGACAUCAUUCUUCAACUCCAACCGUGUCUCUAGUAACCCUCACUGUGCCUUCACCAGCCCUCCUCGGUCCAAAAGCUCGGUGAUUGUGGUCGUCAGCCUGCUGGGUGCCUUCUGUGCUCUGGGCUUUCUCCUCACUGGACUGGUUGUCUACGGCGGUCAGCUGUGCUUUGAAUUCAGAAAACUCCUACACAGAACUCUGGUAACCAAUCCAAAUUCAUACAUCCCUCUCCAAUGCCAGAAUCGUGGAUGUGCACCCAUGGUAGUCUCAGAUCAGAUCUCAGCCUUGCAGCAACAUAAAGAUGGCUCUGCUGACUGCCUCCUGACUGCCAACAGGCUGGUUCAGCCACUGAGGAGCUGCUCUGAGGGGGCAGAGGAAGACUGAGGAAUGAAAUCCAAUGUUUAAAGUGGAAGGGUUUGGGGGAAUGGGACGUGAGCUGAAGACCAGAAGAGCUUUUUUUGGUUGACUGGUUUUGAGAUGUUGAGGGUCAAGUUUUUGGUUUACUAUCAGAGUGAGAUGUUUUUUGUAAAUUGUUUUAAUUCUGUUUCUAUGACAAUAUUUAGAAUUUCCUCUGACUCUUCUGCUAACAUUCUAAAUUUGUUUGAGCUGGAUGAAGUUGCUGUCUGUUUUAUAACCGAGAGAAUAACUGGAUCAAAGGAUGAGGAACAUGAGUUUACAGUAAACAUGAGAUUUGACCUGAGCAACCAAGUCAUAUAGGAAUAGGCAUUAACAAACACAUUAGUUUGAGUAAUGAGUAUAUCACUGUAUGCAUUUAGAAUAUGUGUUUCAUUACUGAAGAGUAGUCAUGUCUUUACUUAAAUGCUGCCGUCCACCCUGUUGUCCUUCUUUCCUUUAAGACUUAUAAUUGUUAUUAUACUUACUGAAAAGCUGUUUUUUUUCUGUCAUGCCUUACUGAUGGUAGCCAUUCCAUUCUGUACGCAGGAGCACCAGCCUGAUGAGCUCUAGAAAUAAAAACCCUCUGGUGAAUAAAGCAUGGUAAACAUGGUAAAAAAAAACAUAUUUUCAGGUUCAUACAUGUAUUUAAAUUUUCUACCAGAACAUGUUUACAUGGUCAUUUAAAAAAAUGUACCUCACACAACGUUCCACCACAUAAUGUGUUAAAAUGACUCUUCGACACCACUGAAACAAUGCGAAGAACGUGCCAUAUAUAUACUGUGAAAUGUUUGACAAUGCUGCAGAUUGUGACGCUGAGCUAUAAACAGUGACAAAGACUACGUCUGUGGGAGUGGAGUUCCCUGUGUUAAACAAACAACAAAGGACUUUCAACCAUGAGACCGGGGUUCUAGUUUGUGUCAACAAAGUUAUUGAGUUAUCGUGAAGUUAUGUUUGUGACGUUUUCCCUAAAACACCUUCAAUACAUAAUUAUUUUACCUAUGAUGUUCUUCCAACUAAGUUAAGUUUUUUCUUAAUUCUAACCCUAACCUAACUAAGUGGUUUUGUUGCCUCAACCUAACUUUAAAUAGUUUCCAUGGUGCGGACAAAUGACAUGCCACCACCACAUAAGGUGCUGUUAAUGGAGCGGUGUGUAGGGUAUUGAGGCAUCCAAUGGUGAAGUUGCAGAUUGCAUCCUGCUGAAUACCCUUCCACUCAUCCCUCCCUUUCCAAGCAUGUGUCAGGUAAAGUCAGAAUGCAAAAGGCUCUUACUAGAGCAAGUGUUUGGUAAUGUUGAAGAAUGCACUCAGACUGAUUCACAACUGUAUUUUUGAUAUUUAUAUAUAAGUGACUCCACGAGAAUAUUUUUUAAUGCACACAAAAAAAAUGUAAUCAUUAUACACAAAUGUAACACGGAAUCUACAUAUUAAAAAAUAAAACUCACAUAUACAAUUCUGAUGCACACACAGUUGUGGUUCACAGUGGGUUUUCUUCCUUUCAAAAUAUCAUUGGUUUGAUCCCCGGCUCCUCCAGAGCAAGAUACUUUACCCCGAGUUGCUCCUGAUGGACAGCUGGCCCCUUUAGUGUAUGAAUGGGUGAAGGCUAACACGAA